UGUGUUACGUGUGAAGAUUAAAGUUAGUGUUUUCAUUUUUCCCACCUCGUCGUACUUCGAAAUAAAGUUAUAAGAAUAUAAUAGCAGUAUUCAAGGUGUUUUCUUUCAAUAUUUUAGAAAUAUCAGAGCAGAAACGACAAACUUGAGAACCCGCUGAGUCAUUGAUUUUCUUGAGAGAAAAAAAGACGCCAGAUACUACACGGAGCAGCUUUAGCAACGAUUUGGAGAACCUAUCAGAUGCAAUAAUGGACGGAGAAGGUGACCCGCACACCGAGGAAUUUCCUCCCGUCUUCGAGGAAGAUUGUCCUCCAGUGGCGAACAUAGACCGAUCAGAGAGAUCCCGGCUUCAAGAAUCCCAAGAUAGUGGCUACGAGGCUUCACCGAUUCGGAACAGCUGCCAAGAAAUAUUUAUUUUCAGCAUGGAUACUUCCACAGAUGAUGUAGGUUUGUGUGCAACUGGUAUGGGUGAACAGUGGUCAGCUGAUGAAAAUAAUAUGGAAACUACUCCCUAUAAAUCUGAUUCACGUAGUUCAGUUGACCAUUCUUGUCUGUGUGUGUGUGGAGAAAGUCAAAAUUGUUGUUCACAUACUUCCUCUGGAAGUCUUCAGACCAGGAAUGCUCUUUGGUCUUCGGUCAAUGCUUUCGUUCGUCCCAGUUCCUUCCCUCUUGAUUGUAGUCCACGUACUGACUUGUUUUCUUCAUCUGACCAGUCUUUCCCUACUCUUCGACCCUUUCAAUCACAGAAUAUUAACACCCAUUCCGUCCACAUCCGGUGUGGCUGGACUGUCAACGAAGGUCCGCUUCCACCCGUUGAGAACCAAUAUAUUUCGGUAGCAACACAGACAAAUGUUGAAAGUCUGCGCCAGGAAACUUAUUCGUAUGGAUCUGUUGAUGAUCCAGUCUUCCAAAACCAAGACAGCAAUUCGCCUCUAAUGCACCGCAUUAAUCGAUCUCUCCCAGAUGUAGUCCAAACACCACGCAUCCAAUCGCGCACGAGGUCACAAUCCGUGAACUUGCCGUUAGACGAGUGGAUACAAGAAACUGGAAGUAUUUUGAGAGAAUUGAGUGAAAACUUUGAAGGAAACAGACAUGAGCCUGUUUCCAUUCCCCCUUGGAUGAACCGUAUUCUUUCAUGGUCACAGAGUAGCAACCGAAGACAAGAUAUAGUGAGACGUCGACCACGGUUUCACUCCUCCAGUGAAGGUCCUCCUGUGGAUAUGUGACCUUUAACUUCCCCUAAGUAUACAACCAUUGAUCUCGUGUAUAUAAGAUAUCGUGAAAAGCAUGUUUUUUUUUUUUUUACAGCUUAAAAGUAACUUGCUCAAGUUUUGUAGCGUGUAGUGAAGUUGUUAGAUUGGCGUGAAAACUUAACGUAAGACAGACUACUUCCAUUCUCGCUCUAAAAUGUUUUGAAAAGUGAGAACCAAACACUAGGUUGGUGCUGUUCGCUGUGUAGAGGUUGUGAUGUGUCACAUUGGAUAGGAGCUCAUUCACCGUUGCCAAAGAUUUGUUAUACAUUUAUUCGCUAAACUAACGUACUUCUUCAUCAAGCAACUCAAAUAAAACUUAAGUAUUAACUCACUGUUACCAAAGGAAUGCGCAAAAAAAAAAGACAAAUACAAUGAAAGUAUUCCAAGUUAAGAGCUAUUUCAUGACAGUGACUAUCACAUUCAGAGAAUUCUCAGAGAACAUGAAAAUUCAUUGAAUACUUUUUUCGUCUUAUUGUAGUUAUUGUAAAUACUUUUUUCAGCUAUUGUUAAAUUUGAUUACCCUUGACUACAAGGCCAACAUUUCUGCAUCUCAGUAUGUUUUAUGAUGCUAAUGACCUCGUUUCAAAAUUACCAAAGCAAUUAAAAAAGGCUUUAGAAAAAAAAAAUUACAUGCAUUGAUUAUAAUGCAUUAGUUAUUUGAAAGUAAUUUUUUUUCUUGUUUUACACUUGUGAAUAUACAUUGUAAUUAGACAUUUAUUAUGUGGCUUGUAAAUAGUUAUAGUUUUAUAUACACAUAUAUAUAUACAUAUAUAUAUUCUUUAACCAAAUGAAAACCGUUAUUUUACGGUAUGUGUGUGAAAUUACCCAAUGAAACAUCAAAACUCUUCAUUUCUGUUCUAACCUAAGAACAAUUAUCCUAUUUGUACGUCUCUCUUAUUGUAUACAUACCCAAUUCACUAUUCCCACCCUUGAUAUGUUAAUUUUAAAAUAUCAGAUAUUCAAAUCUGUGUACAUUAUUUUUUUAUAACAACAAUGUGUCCUUCGUCAUUAAUCUUUACUUUAUGAAACAGUACUCAAAAUACUUGAUUAAAUUUCUGAUCACCAAAAGAAAGAACUUUAUCAGUAAACAAACGCUACUUGUCUAUGAUGUAGCAAAACACACGACCUGUUGAAUAUUUUCUAAUUACCUCCUGUGAAUUUUUAUUUGUUGUAGUUGUUCUAUAUAGUUAGAACGUAUUUCAGUAUUUCGAAGUUAUUGUUAUGUUAUGACUGGUGUAAUUUUACUCAUAAGAAUUCAAGUUAUUACUGGGGUCAGAAAUUAAUGUAACAUGAAAUUAGAAUUGCCAUUUUGUCUGGAAAACGGCCUAAUAAUCAUACAACGUAAGCGAUAUUUUUGAUCUUGUGAUACUUGUACUAAGUGUGUUAAGAUCACUAACACAUGCUUAAUAUUCCUAAGAAAAAUUUGACAAAUUCUUUUUAUUUUAUUUUAUUUAAUUUACCGAUAAACGUAAAUUGCUAAAAUCAAAUUGUCUCAUUAUGAUGAAAUGUUUUUUUUUAAUUCUUUGUAAUUCAUUGUACAUUCAAAUUUAAUCACAUUUGCCUAAUAAUAUUCCAAGUUUAUUUUGUUUCACAAAUUGAAUUUGUUUCUUAUUUAGUUGGUAAGACGUUUAGCUUGAGUGAAAAACUUAAGUUUAUUCGAACUUUCGCUUAAUCUUUAUUUCCUUCAUAGAAUAUGUAUUCAUACAAAAAAUGAUACAUUUGGACGUUUGUAGACCGUAAUGUAUUUUUGGUAAAUCAAAACAAUGGUAACGCUCACACUUGACAUUAUUUAAAUUUAACGUAUUAAUUUUGUAUGUUUUAAUGUAAGUUAUGAAAACUUGGUAGUUGUAUAAAAAACUGGUAUUAAUCCAAACCAGAAGUUCUGCAUAAAGAGUUGCUUUAGAAGCAUUGGGAACGUUUCCAGUAAACAGUGUGAAAACGUAUUCUCUUAUAAAACAGCCUAAAUCACAAUCGAGGAAUAAACAAACAAACAAAAACAAUAAAGUUGGUUGGCUGGCUGUGCUCCGCCAACAACGGGUAUUGAAAACCCAAUUUUUUAGCGUUGUCAGCAUGCAGACUUACUGUCGGGUCACGGGGGUGGGGGGGAGGGGGUGUAUUUGGUGUUGACCGUGACCUU